CUCCCAGGUGGGUGGUCCCGGCCCUGCUGACGUCAUGCUGCGUAGGGGACAUCCAGGGCUCCCGGGCGGGAGGGGGGCAGUCAGAGCCUCCGGGCGCAGCUGCCUUCAGCCACACACCGCUCCACAGAGCAGGCGCCGGAUAUUAUUAUUACUAUUAUUACUAUUAUUAUUAUUAUUAUUCUUUUUUGGCAUCCUGUUUUUUCCCCUUGGCACCUCAAGGCAUCCUUCUGCAUGGUGGAUAUUAUCUUCCCACUCUCCUUCCUGGGUGCCAUGGGGGACCCUCCCAAAAGGCGCCGUGCGGUGCCUCGGUGCGUGGGCUGCGGCGGGGAGAUCCUGGACCCGUACAUCCUGCGCGUGGCCCCGGACCUGGAGUGGCACGCGGCCUGCCUCAAGUGCCACGGGUGCAGCCAGGCCCUGGACGAGACCUGCACCUGCUUCGUCAAGGAGGGAAAGACCUACUGCAAGAGGGACUACUUCAGGCUGUUCGGGGCCAAGUGCGGGCAGUGCGGGGGGGGCUUCGGGAGCAGCGACCUGGUGAUGCGGGCGCGGGAGGCGGUCUUCCACCUGGACUGCUUCCGAUGCGCCGCCUGCGGGAGGCAGCUCCUCCCCGGGGACCACUUCGCCCUCCGCGACCACCGCCUCCUCUGCCGCGAGGACCACCAGGCCCAGCACGGCGCAGGCGCAGGAGGAGGAGAAGCUGGGGAAGAGGAGGCCCCGGGAGGAGGAGGAGGAGGAGGAGGAGGAGGAAGCCCCCCGGGGAGCCCCGCCCGGGGCAGGACGCACACAGACACCCCAGUGCGGCACCCCCCGCUGCGCUCGCAGGCGCACAAACCGGCGGAGAAGACCACCCGGGUGCGGACGGUGCUGAACGAGAAGCAGCUGCACACCCUGCGCACCUGCUACGCGGCCAACCCGCGCCCGGACGCCCUGAUGAAGGAGCAGCUGGUGGAGAUGACCGGCCUGAGCCCCCGGGUCAUCCGGGUCUGGUUCCAGAACAAGCGCUGCAAGGACAAGAAGAAGUCCAUCCUCAUGAAGCAGCUCCAGCAGCAGCAGCACAGCGACAAGGCCAGCCUCCAGGGCCUGACGGGGACCCCGCUGGUGGCCGGAAGCCCCAUCCGGCACGAGAGCGCUCUGCAGGGCAACGCGGUGGAGGUCCAGACGUAUCAACCCCCUUGGAAAGCCCUCAGCGACUUCGCCCUCCAGAGCGACUUGGACCAGCCGGCCUUCCAACAAUUGGUCUCGUUUUCAGAAUCGGGCUCCCUGGGAAACUCCUCCGGCAGCGACGUGACCUCCUUGUCCUCCCAGCUCCCCGACACCCCCAACAGCAUGGUUCCCAGCCCCGUGGAGACGUGAAGAAGACGGCUUUUUGCCCCCCACCCUCCCGCGUCCAGCCGCCCUCUCCCCACGGACUUGUGCAUGCUCCUGCUCCCUGCAUGAGAUCCCUGAGCUCCGUGCAAACUCGGCUCUUUAAAUUAUUACCUUUAUUUAAGAACCCG